AUGAUUGGACUUUCAGAUGAUAGGGAAGAGCUGGAUGAGAACAUCCUAAUUGACGAUCCGAGAUAUAAUUCGGCUCUCGCAAUAAUGGCUGCCAAAAUAGCUUACGAGAACCCCGCUCAUAUUGAAUAUGUAGUCUCGCAAAUCUGGAAGGUGCAUUCUGGAUUCAUGGAAGCUCUUGGUCUACAGAGGGGCAGUGGUUGGCCCGAGAACAUACCCCAAUCUGAUAGGCAAUACGCUUACUAUACCAUCAGGGAAAUUCUGAAAGAUGCUUUGAAAAACAAUCCCAAGGCUAAAUUUAUAGUGAUAGGUCACAGCUUGGGUGGUGCACUAGCAAUUCUGUUUCCAUCUAUUUUGGCGUAUCACGAAGAAAAGGAGUUGUUGGAGCGGUUAGACGGGGUCUACACUUUUGGUCAACCAAGAGUUGGAGAUUCCAGAUUUGGAGCAUUCGUGGAAGACAACCUGGAGAGCAGGACGCGCAAGUACUUUAGGAUCGUUUAUUGCAACGAUCUUGUGCCUAGAGUCCCUUGGGACAAUUCAUGGAGCGAUUUUCAGCACUUUGGGAAGUGUAUCUACUUCAACAGCCUUUACAGGGGCAAUAUUGUUGAUGAAGUACCAAACAAGAACUACUUUUCAGUCUUCAUGUUCAUGCCAAAAAAAUUAAUUGUGUUUGGGAGCUUAUGA